UUUUCAUUGUCUUUUGUUGGUUUUAACGCGUUGGAGUGUUGCAUUUAGUUAAGAGCCUGAAAAGGCUGGAAUUUAGGAAAGCGUAGACGGUUCUUUGCAGGGCACGUUCUCUAAGAAAUUUACUUUAUUAAGAUAAUUCUGCAAAGAAUUUGUUAAAUCUCCAUUAAAGAGCAUUAACGCCGGAAUAGAAGACUCAAUUGACUUCUGCAAGCAGAACUGAUAUAUACAUAUAUAUAUUGAGUUGAUAUCCGUUGUAACUUGACGCAAUCCAUCUUUAAAAAUCAGCAGACACAACUACAGUCCAUAAUAAAUAUACGAAAAUGAGCUGGCAAGAUUAUGUGGAUAACCAACUUUUGGCCUCGCACUGUGUUACAAAGGCUUGCAUAGCCGGACAUGAUGGCAACAUCUGGGCCCAAUCUAAAGGAUUCGAGGUUACAAAAGAAGAGUUGGCGAAGUUAAUAGCAGGAUUUGAUCAACAAGACCUGCUUACAAGCAAUGGUGUCACAUUAGCCGGCCAAAGGUAUAUUUAUCUUUCUGGUACAGAUCGUGUGGUACGCGCUAAGUUGGGCCGCAGCGGAGUACAUUGCAUGAAAACUACACAAGCCGUGAUCGUUUCCAUCUACGAGGAUCCUGUUCAACCUCAACAAGCCGCAUCGGUUGUAGAGAAGCUUGGAGAUUAUCUGAUUACUUGCGGGUACUAGAAAUAUUCUAUAAUAAUAAAAAUAAAAAUAUUAUAAUUAUAAUAAAAUCAUUAAAGCAGUAACAAUAUCUUCUAUAAAAUAUAUUUUGGAAUAAUUUCAUACGAAAAAAUAAAGUCAAAGUAAACAAAUCAGAAAAUUCAUACAUAAACGUUUUUUUAACUCGUAUGCGCAUAAUCAAGGAACGAUGUGUUUCAGAAAAUUGUAAAUGAAAAUUCCAUCACUUCAGGUGUAGAGCCAAAUUAUCUCAAAAUAGAAUAAAAAAGAUAUCUAAUCUCAUUCUGAAUUGUUACAAAAGCAAAACCUCUUAAUAAUAUAUUAUAUAACGUGUUAAUUUAUUAACAUUCAUCAAUAUCG